AUGACAUGCACAAUAAUGCCAAAGAUGUUAGAUAUACAUUUUGAAGCCUUAGAAGUAGACAACAAAAAUCUUUGAGCAUUCCAAAAAAGGAUGAUCAAAGACAUAUAGAAAAUAAAGGAGGAAUCCACGGAUUUGAUGCAUCGACUCCUACAAAAUAUGUAGCAAUUCCAACUAACAUAUGUACAAGAUUGGAGGCCUUGAAGAAAAAGAAACAUUCUACUUUGAAGUUGACAUCAAGUUGUCAAUCAAAACAAUCAGAAUCAUGA